CCCGCGGGAGAGGUGCCAGUGUCUGAGUCCCUCUCAGUGUAUGUGUGGUAACAACAUGUCUGUCCCCCUCCUCGCUGAUGCAGUGACUGUCUCAGGGGCAGAGCGGGAGACUGCUGCGGUCAUUUUUUUACAUGGCCUUGGAGACACAGGGCACAGCUGGGCUGACGCUCUCUCCUCCAUCCGCCUCCCCUACGUGAAAUAUAUUUGCCCUCAUGCGCCCCGAAUCCCCGUGACCCUCAACAUGAAGAUGGUUAUGCCCUCCUGGUUUGAUCUGAUGGGUUUGACUCCGGAUGCACCUGAGGAUGAAGCUGGGAUCAAGAAAGCCGCAGAAAACAUUAAAGCAAUUAUUGAGCAUGAGAUGAAGAACGGGAUCCCACCCAACCGCAUCAUCCUGGGGGGCUUCUCACAGGGUGGUGCCCUGUCGCUAUACACGGCUCUCACCUGCCAGCACCAGCUGGCCGGCAUCGUGGCGCUCAGCUGCUGGCUCCCGCUGCACAAGGCCUUCCCACAGGCGGCGAAUAACGGCGUGAACAAGGACAUCGCCAUCCUGCAGUGCCACGGGGAGAUGGACCCCAUGAUCCCUGUCCGCUUUGGGGCUCUCACUGCUGAGAAGCUGAAAUCUGUUGUCACCCCCACCAAGGUCCAGUUCAAAACCUACCCUGGCGUGAUGCACAGUUCCUGUCCUCAGGAGAUGAUGGCGGUGAAGGAGUUCAUCGAGAAGCUGCUGCCCCGGAUCUAAGCGGAGCCAAUCGAGACUGUCGCAGGGAAGGACGCCGAGGUUACAGCCACCGAUCUUUCCCCCGUGACCUGUCUGCUCCAAACGGAAGCCAUGGCACCCCACUGCACCUCCCACCGCACCCCGGGCCCCCACCUCUCCCCAUCUCCUCGCACCGCGUCCUCUCCGGCUGGGGGUGCCCUGUCUCUCCCUGCUGCUCUCGGAGCUGAGAUUGGAGCUCUCUAAGGCGAGUCUUUGAGUGGCCUUUUCUCUCCUCCUCUUGAUCCGAGCAGAUUCUGUGGGGGUCACCAUCCCCUCAACUCCCUGUUCAGGCACUGCAGUGUGUGGGUCUGGCACGGUGUGGGCGAGGGUUUUUUGUUGGGUUUGGGUUUUUUUGUAACAGUAUUAGGGGUGGGAUAUGCCCCCGUGCGGCGGGAGGAGCGGUGUGGGCACAGGGCAGGGCUGGGGCACCCUCUGGAGCCUGCGUGGCUUAGAGCAGUCCGUGCUCCUCCUCUGCCCUCAGCCCGUCCUCUCCGCGGCUGCUCUCGGCCUCCGCUCAGGCGACUCACGGGUUUUCAGUCAGAGCUCAGGAACCCGGGACUCUCCUGUGAACGCCUCAAGGCCCAGGGAGAGGCUCUGCUCUGGGCUGGUACCGGGCCAAAGGCUGCCCCGUCUCCCGGGGCCGGCAGAA